AAGAAGAAGGAGAAGAUUUCAUCUCUGUCCUCAGGGACAGAUCUCACAUCGACGAGACGCUGCGGCUUGCAACUGAAGAAAAAGCAGGAGACUAUGCAGCUGCUCUACAGAAGUUGCGGAAGAUCUACCAUACAUCCAUCAAGCCGAUGGAGCAGGCCUACAAAUAUAAUGAGCUGAGGCAGCAUGAGAUCUCAGAGACCUCACACCCUCACUCCUCACUCUCCUCCACCUCCUGUUCCCCACACUUCUCUGUACUCCACCCUCUCCUGUCUCCUCUCCCCAUCCCUUCACCUAACAGCCUACCCCGGACGAACCCUGGGGGACUCAGCCACAGAUGGAGAGAUCACCUCCAAGCCCAUGGUGCUGUUCCUGGGACCCUGGAGCGUAGGAAAGUCCUCCAUGAUCAAUUACCUCCUGGGCAUGCACGACAGCCCCUAUCAGCUCUACACAGGAGCUGAGCCUACUACCUCUGAGUUCACUGUAAUUAUGCACGGGGAGAAGAUCCGCUCUGUUGAGGGUAUUGUUAUGGCUGCUGAUAGCUCUCGGUCCUUCUCUCCUUUGGAGAAGUUUGGUCAAAACUUCCUGGAAAAACUGAUCGGUAUCGAGAUGCCCCACAAGAUGCUGGAGCGUGUGACUUUUGUGGACACGCCAGGAAUCAUUGAGAACCGAAAGCAGCAAGAGAGAGGCUAUCCCUUCAAUGAUGUUUGCCAGUGGUUCAUUGACCGCGCUGACCUGAUCUUCGUGGUGUUCGACCCCACCAAGCUGGACGUUGGCCUGGAGCUGGAGAUGCUCUUCCGGCAGUUGAAGGGUCGUGAAUCCCAGAUCCGCAUCAUCCUGAACAAGGCUGACAGCCUGGCCACCCAGGACUUAAUGAGAGUCUACGGAGCGCUCUUUUGGAGUUUAGCUCCUCUCAUCAACGUGACUGAACCCCCCCGCGUCUACGUCAGCUCCUUCUGGCCAUAUGAAUAUGCAGCUGACACUAGCCGUGACCUCUUCAAGCGAGAGGAGAUCUCUCUCCUGGAAGAUCUGAACCAGGUGAUUGAAAACCGCAUGGAGAACAAAAUCGCCUUCAUCCGCCAGCAUGGCAUCCGCGUGCGCAUCCACGGCCUGCUUGUAGACCGCUACGUCCAGACCUUUAAAGAGAAGAUGAGCUUCUUCAGUGACCCUGAACUAGUCUUCCAGGAGAUUGUGGACGACCCAGACAAAUUCUACAUUUUCAAAUCCAUCCUAGCCAAGACCAACGUCAGCAAGUUUGACCUGCCCAACCGCGAUGCUUACCGUGACUUCUUUGGCAUCAACCCUGUCACCAACUUCAAGCCCCUGACGGCUCAGUGCUCCUACAUAGGAGGCUGUCUGCUGGAAAAGAUCGAGAAGGCGAUCACCAAUGAGCUGCCCGCCCUUCUGAGCAGCAUUAACUCUGGCAAGCAGCCCGGCCUGUCCUCCUGCGAGGCUACCGGCUGUGGGGAGAAGCCAAAGAAUCGCUACCGGAAGAACUGAGAAAAACAAAAUAACUUGAGUGGGGGAAGUAAGAAGAGAAGGGGUCUGGUGGAAGCCAACCCUGCUUUUGUCAGAACGCCUGUAUUGUUGAGGAGACAGAGGAGAGGAGAUUAGUGUUUGUUUUUUUUCUCAGGAGAAUAUGGGGAGGUGCAUUUAGGGACUGUGGGAAUGAGGCAGAUAAAGGGAGGGAAGGGUCAUUGUUUUGUUACGGCAGCUUAAGGACACAAGUGCUGAAGAAAUGAGAACACGCCGCUGAUCACUGAGUUUUGUUAAAAUACACGCCCUCCUCUCUCCCUUGCACAAUCACAGUGGACUGUCUGGGAUUCUGGGGUUGAUGUGAAGAAAUACAGAAAUGAAAAACAAAAGUAAGAUCCAAUAAAAAUUGAAAAUCCUGAGACUGAAAACAGUCAAAUACCAGCUCCCUUGUAUGUGAAUAAAACAGGAAAAAGUGGAAACAGGAGUUGCAAAUUUGUGUUGUAAAAUCUUGCAUUGCAGAUAUUCAAUUCCAUAAGCUUCAGAAGCUGAUUUUGAAGUAGCCUUUUUUUGUGGGUGCUAUUCAAAGCCUUUGUGUUUGUCAUCCAAGCCUUUGCUUUUGACAUAGAUUAACAUUUACAUUGCAUGUUAGAUUUUAUUUAACAGAUGCAUGCAUUUCCUGCUAAUAUAAAGUUGAAGUAAUAUUUCCUUAUGUAACUAAAACCUGAACAGACCCUGCCAUGCAACAAACAAGGCCUUUUUUUCUUAGUUUUAUACGCUCGUCAGUCCUGGUUGUUGACAACUUGUGAAAUGAGCACUGUGAUGGAAGCAGAGGUCAGGGUUCAAGGGUCAGAGUCUUCAGAGCGGGGUGGGUGUGUUCAUUCUGCUUCACUUCUUAACUGUUCUUACUGUUUCUGUUUGCGUCUAUAAAUUUGCCAGUCUUUGGCAGAAAUUCAAUAUUGUGUUAUGAUUUUUUUCCUUGAUCGAUAAGCUUCCCAGCUUUUUUUUUUUUUUUAGCUGAAUGACCAUAAUAAAAAACACAUGAGGGAUGUGUUUGGAUUAUAGCUGCCUAUAGCCAUUUCUUCUGCAGGAUAGAAAGCUAUUUAUUGAUUUUUCUGUGUAAACUUUCCAAAUGGGCAUUGAAGUAGGCUGUGUAUGUGUACUGAAUACCCCUUACUAUACAAUUUUACAAACCACCACUGCAAGAUUGUGAUAGUGGAGCUCAGUGAUGGUGGAUUUCCUCCCUUGAGAAAAGUGGAAUGGAGGUAAAGGUGAAGUGGAGGACUCAUGAGUUGACCCCUGACCUCUGUGGAAAGAAGGAAGCCCCAAAUAACAACAAUUUUGCCGUGAUACAUGUCAUAUCUGCACGCUCUCAUGUGCACCUACCUCAAUAAAAUUCCCAGGACUAUGGCGUUGUCAAAUUGCUUAGAAGAGCACUGUGUAAGAUUUAGGGGGAUUUUUUGGCAUCCAGCUGUGAGGAUUGCAGACUGCAACCAGCUGAAACGUCUCCCAGUUAGAAUUCCUUCAGUGUUCAUUGUUGAGGAGGUUUUUACUGGAAGCCGAAUUAUCAACGGAGGUCUCUUUCUCUCCAAAACAAAUGGACCGAGUGAUUUAAACAGGUAAAAACACUGAAUAAAGCAGUGUUACGUUACAAAUAAUCUCUCAAGACAGAUUCUGCAAUUUACAUUGUAGAGGAAGAAUUUUUUUUAAGUUUUAUGUUUUCCAACUUAACUCAUCAUGGAGGGGCUAACUAUGGCGGCUGAGGCAUAAACGUGUAAAAUGAAUGGCCCUAUCUAGAGCCAGUGUUUGGUUUAUCUUUUCUGGACUACUACAGAAACAUGGUGGACUCCAUGGAUGAGGUCCCACUCCCUCUAUAGAUAUUUAAUGGCUCGUUCUGUGGUUAUGAAAACAAAACAAUUUUUUAUUUUCAGGCAAUUAUACUCUAAAAAAAGCAUACCAUUAUAUUCCAUUUCUACUGACAUUUCCCCCUAAAUCCUACACACUAAACCUUUCAAAUAGGUUAGCAUUUUGGGACAUACUUUUUCGACAGAAGGGCUAUUUCUUAGCUAACUUCCUUGGAGGCUUGCUGUUAGCAUAGGUUGCCAGGAACCAGCACUCAAGGAAAUGCAGAGCCAAGAAAUAGUCUGGCCCAAAAUGUCUCCUAAAACCACAACACGGCACUUUUACACUGUGGUUUUUGUACCAAUUAACAAUGGACAUAUUGUGUGUUAAUUAUGGUGAUAUGGUGGUGCAGGUAGGCGGACUUUAUUACCUUUGGGCAGACUCUUCCCUCCAGUUUUCGGUUGGAGCUAAGCUAAGCUAACAGGUUGCUAGCUCCAGCUAGCUAACAUGACAUAAUGCCAUACAGACAUGAAAGGGCUAUCAGUCAAAAUCAAAAUGGCCAACUAUUACUUUAAAUACAGAGGUCUAAAUCCCCAAAGGACAGGUAAGUAGCAAUAGACUUCCAAUUUUGGGCUAGCAUGAUAUUAGAUUUUCACAACAGAUGUGGCCCAAAGAGUUCAUGAUAAUGAUAUUAUCACAGUAUCUAUGGAAAAUCAGAAAAAUAAAUAAAGUACAAAAAUAUAUCAAAAAUAAAAUAAUGAUAAUAAUAUUAAUGAUAUCAGUCAAAGUCAUCUUUAAUUCUGUUUAGUGUGCAUUUUGCCUCUUUUUUGGUAAAUGAUUUAUACUCAAAAUAUGAAUGUAGGGCGGUGGAGGGUGAGUCUGUAAUCAUAACUGUACAAAACCAUACAAAAAGAGCAACUACACUUUUUGAAUAGUAAAAGGGCAACCAGAUGGUGGCAGGGGAGACAAAGCGAGAAUGGAGAUAAACAGAAAUGAUUUCAGAUGUGCUGGAUUAUUUCCACAAUAUCUUCAUAAGUGUAUCAUAACAUGGUAUCAAUAUUUCAAUUUUAAAAUAUACUGGUAUAACCCCUAAUUCCAAUUAGUACCUCGACUAAUGGGCAAAUGUACGUCUGUGUCCUCCCUAACUUACCUUACUAACCCCAACUAAAAUCUGAAAUGUAAUGAAAAAGGAAAGUAAACUAACAUCUGCUUAAUUUUCUCUGUGCAUUUGAGUGUGAGUGCUCCACUGGAUGUGUUUAAUAUGUUUACACUGCAGAUCCAGAAGAUGCCCACUAGAGAGUGCUGUGUAAAAGUGUAAAAAGUUAUACAGACCACCGACACUCAUCAUGGCACCAGUUUAUAGUGACAGGGUGAUCGCUUGGGCUUAUGACGUUGUGUGGUUGUGUUUUUGGUAUAUUUCAGCAUCAGUUAUCUUAAUUUAAUUUACCUGUGAAUUAGAUCUGGAAUGGAUGUGUGUCCCAGUAAAAUAGUUGUUGAUUAACUUUUUUUGUUUUGGUAUAAAAUAUAAAUUAAUCUUGGCACAAUUUUGGAAGCUUGAACAUUAAGAAUAAAGAUUUCUGAUUGACUAGG